AAAUAUGUUUAAUUUCAUGUAUCACAAUAAGUAACUCAUAAAUUAAGUUAAGGUUAAGUGACUGUCUUGAUGCAGUGUUAGGUCAGGUCAAUUUAAAAAUUAAUUUUUAAAGAUUAAUAUUUGUUAGUUAUAUAUCAGUGGGCAGGCAGGUGAUGACGGAGGGAGGAAAGAAAGCUGCAGCAUCUCCUGGGAAACUAGUUUGAGAAAGGCAGGUUUUGUCGAUUUGAAGGAAUUUACAUGGCCUGGGAGUAGUGAGCAGGGGCAGAGAGGAACUGAGGAGCAGACUGUGUUAAUAGCAGCAUGACAAUUUGUGCCUAUAAAAUAUGUUAUUAGUUGUUAAUUACUUAACUAUUUACCAUAUCUUGAAUGUGUUUUUCAGCUGCUAAUAUAAGUACAGAGAUGCUGUCCAGCCUCUCUAAGGAGGAUUUGCGAGAUCUCUUUCCGCGGCCUGAGCACUUCCUCAGAAGGUGAACCAUUUGGAGGCUUACUCAUGAGCAAAAUGAGCAGGGUCAAGAAUCAGACCCGUGCAGACCUGGCACCUGCUCUGAGACCUGUGAUUUCAACUCCAGCCCCCUCUCCUCUCAACCCACACACCACUCUCCAUCUCCUGACCCUUCUCCCAACGUAAGAGACCAACAUAGGACCGUACAGCUUGUCAGUCCACAGUAUGUCAUAUACACAGACACGGAGUUGGAGCAAUCAAGAAGCACCUUUUUUGAAAAACAGCGUGCUGGACAAGAAGGAGAGCAUAUCCUUUUCAAAGAUCUUCGCUGUCGAUUAAUCAGAAAUACAGUAACAAGCAUGAUUUCGAUUAAGAGAGCAGCAGGGGAUGGCUUCCAGUACCCAUGCACCCGUGAACUCAUAGUAAUGGCGAAGCGUCUCAUAGAGUACUACCCAAUGCUGCGGGACAAAUCUGCAGCCAGUGGAGCUGAGUGGGAACCUGUGAAGAAGCAGCUUUUGAAAAGGCUUCAGAAUGUGACAACCCCCAAAAAGAAACAGGGAGCGACCCCUUCAAGAAAAAGGCCACGAAGCCUUAGUUUUCAGAGCAGCCAGGAGACGUCUACUGAUGAGACUGAUGAGUCCACUUCCUCAACUUUGAUCUUGGGGAGAUCAUCACAUUCUAGAUGCAGUACCUCAGAGGCUGAAGAGUUGGAUGGAACUACAUCAGGAACUACUGAGAGCCUACAGAAUCAGGCCAGACAUUAUAAAACUCUACAGGAGAUGUACAAGACCAAGGCCAGGCCCAACAAGAAGGAUGUUUCCCAGCUCAUGGACCUUGAAUUCCAAGCAAGACGGGCCUUCAUUGACUCUGAUGCCAUUAAGGAGCAGGACCGGCCUUCCAAGAUACUUCAAGCUUAUCCCUGCUUCAGAGAACUAGAUCAUGUAAGAAAAUGUAUUGAUUUUAAGUAGGCCUAUGCCUAGUUAGUACCCGAUUGAAUAUCAAAUGGGAUAUGGUGUGGGAAUAUGGAAUCAGAUGGGU